GGACAGUUCUGCUGGCAUUGGCAAAGCACGAUUGCUUCGAUGGCCAAUGCCAAUGGCGACCCGCGUUGUGACUGCUAGGUAGCUUUCACAUACCCCUUUCUUCAGCGUCAGCUUGUCCACGGCUCUACAGCGUUUGUUUGACCCUGCUCUAUCUGCGCUUCGUCCACACAGAAUGGAGGCGACGCUUGCUCUGCGCACUUCAGCGGCGCUUUCCAAAGUUGGUGGCAUGCGAGCGGUUUUGGAUUCAUCGGUGGUUAGACCCUGUUCUGUUCCGGCGAUGAAAGCCGCCAGGCAAUGCACUCUGGGGGCUCUCCAGGCACAGGGCCUUCUGCCGAUGAACCCGCAGUCAAACCCAUUGCAGCUGUGCCGACAACUGCAAGGGCAUAGGAUGCCUGUUUCAAGAACCAGGGGAAGCAGAUCCGAACGGGCACGGCCCAUCCGCUCAUCCACCCGUCCAGAGUUUCAACCACUCCCUGAUCAAGCCCAGACAAAUCCAAGUCCCAGUCUCGAGUCCUCCCCUCAAACCCCCCCCUUCGCCAGCCAAGCAAACACCCCCCCAGUGCGGCUCCCAGCCCCUCUUCUGCUCGCCCUCCGUAUUCCCGCCUGUCAACAAGCCCUCACGUCAGCAUCCCCACAUUUCCGCCGCCUCACAGCGUCUGCAAUCGCUGCUGGCCGGUUGCUCCUCUGGUUCGUUUCCGGACGGUACAUCCCCUCGCAAAUGAAGGUCCUUUUCACACUUCUCCGGGCCGAGCGCUUUUACCGGAAGCGCAUCCGCACAAUCGACGGCCGGCAAUUGCUGCACGAGCUGAACUUCUUCCCCGAAUGUCCCGACUUGUCCAGCGUUUUCCCUGUGCUAGGCUAUGCGUUCGUUCUCUCACGGGCGGUUCUCUCUUCGGUUAGCGCCCUGGGUUCAAUAAACCUUUUGCAUGGGUCGGCGGGGGUCCCCGGUCUUCCGGAAGUGGAGCUCCCGACGAUCGGCCGGAGCGUAGCUUAUGAGUACCCGGACAAAAGCGAUCAGCCGGAGACGCCGGGCUAUCAACCGCUCGGGGAGUGGGUUGGGCCCCGAGGAAUGAAACCUUGGGAACGGAACAUGAUUACUAUAACCCCGGAGGAGCGGAAGAAGCUAUGGGAGAAGAACUUCAAAGAAGAGUCGCUGAACCCGUACAACAGCACGCCCAAGGAGCGCAAGAUCCUCAUCGCGCUAGCUGCGAUCAGUUCGAUCCUGACGCAGAUGUGGAUUAUGCUCCAUGCGCUGCUCUUGCCGUUCAUUUUCCUGGGGCUAAUGUACGCGUUUGAGAAGCCGCUGUUCUGGUUGUUAAGCCACCUGUACAAAGCACGGAAGCUCGUGGGUGACUACAAGGGGCCCUUGUCGCAGGGUUAAACGCAGGUGCGAUCGGAAGAGUCCUUGGAUUGGAUUGUUAAGCGGGACAGCAUGGCAGAAGAGCAGAGGUUCGGCUUGUGCACUAGACAGACGACAUAGCCAUAUGCACAUAUCGGGUGCACGGAGCUCACAUGUUCAUGUUGAUUUUUUUUGUGAGAGGUUAUGGUGGGCCUCUUCGAUCCGUGCUGCAUAGGAUUGCCGCGCGGAGGUAUGCCCGCCCACAUGCACGUGCUCUCUCGCCAAUCAGGU